AUGGAGCGGCUACAAGUGGAAGCCGAGGCAAUUCAAGAAAACCUGACCGCAAAUGAAGGGACCGGCAAUCAAUGGCUUGUUGUACUGGGCUUGACUAAGAAGGCCAUCGAAAAGCUGGCGAGUCACGAGAAUGGUUUACGGGGUAUCGCGUAUCGCUUCCAGUGGGAGGGCACCGUCGGCAUAAUCAAAAUUAUACCAGGAUACUCUCAUGAGUGCCCUACGCAAGAUUUUGCUAUGGCUAUUAACGAUCAACUGGCGGCUAUGGGUGUCAGAAGAAACGAUAGAACAUGGGGUGGGGGCACCACCUACAGCCCCACUUGUAAUACAGGCAAGGAAGCAAAUGAAAUCUUUACUCCGUUUAAUCGACGGCCGUUUCGUGGUAUCGUGGACUGGCCAACACUAGUUAUCGAGACGGGCGCACGUGAGUCAUAUAGAAAGCUCCAAGAGGACGUUCGUUGGUGGUUCGAGAACUCCAGCGGGAGAGUGCGCAUCGCGAUCGUUAUAAUCGUGCAUAAGGAUUUCAUGAGAUUUGAACAGUGGCAACUGGUGCCACAUACCUCUACUACUAAUGCGCCCACGCCCCUGACAAGGCGCUAUUCAAACCAAUCAUGUCCGCAGGUACCUAAUGUUUCCGGGGCAGCCCAACCAGUCCACACUCAACGUCCCUACUCCGCCCAGGAAGUGCUGAUUACUCCAGAUUCAGUGACUGGAGCACCUAUGAUUAUUCCGUUCGAGGCCCUGUAUGACCGAGGUCGUGGUCCUACAGAGACGGAUGUCAUCCUCACUGCGGAUGACUUCAGAGAUUUCGCCAGUACUAGCUUUUGA